CAACCUGCGGCUGUAAACAAAGUGAUGCGCAAACGUCUGACCAAACAAACUAUUUUGACAUUCCUACGAAUCAAAUGCGCGUGCGCUCUCCAUCUCUCACGCUCUAGCCACAUUAGAUCGUUUGAGCAUCACCGGCAUGCCGGGAGAUGCAUUCUAAAUUUAGUGCACUCGCGCUUACAAAACACCGUUCGUUCAUUCUACUCCGACGUUCCCAUUCGGCAAGUUGUACGGGCGUGGUGUUGGUUGUGUGCGCUUUUCUUCCGAAUAAGAUUUCCCACAUACACCCAGUUCCGAGACCACCAGGGGCAUCAGGAUGACCUCGAUCGACAAUGACCCGCUGUUUACGUCGCUGUGCAACGAGAAAACGCUCCAGUCGCAGAAGCAAGGUUUCUUCAACGAGUUUUACCAAUCGGUGGCGGAAAAUUUCACCGGAAAAAGUGCGCGCUGGCUGCAGGACGUGUACCAGAAGGUGCCGAGCGACAAGGAACGGUUGCGCCUGAUCUAUGAAGAUCCGGUCGUUGCGUACGAGGUGCAGGGCACGCUAGAGCACGUGGAGCCCGUGUUCCGCGGGAAGGAUGCAAAGUUUUCCUGGCAGCGGCGUGAGCAGGCGCUCAAGCUGCUCGGCGAGAACAAGCUGCAGCAGGCCCUGAUCAUCGCCUGCCAGGCAGUGAUGCGUGCCCCCGGCCAGGGUGUCGAUCGGUACAUUGACAAGGGCCUAACGCUAGCGCUGGCCCUGUGGACGCGGGCCGAAGUGUUUAUUCGGCAGCUGGACGGCAAACGGGCGCUGCAAGAUCUUCAGCUGGCGGCCAAAUGUGGCCUGCCAGUGAAACAGAACGCGGACUACUAUGCCCGCGUUGCCAAGUGUUACGCACUUAUCGGUGAAAAUGGUCGUGCUGAGGUGGCGGCGAAACUGUUCCACCAGCUGUCCGGCCACAACAAUUACGCCCUUGUCCGUCUGCAGGAAGAUUUGGAGGAUUUGCGUGUGCUAAAGCAGGAAACACCGUCGGUGGAGGUAGAACGUUCGCUGCCGAAGCUGGCCGGGGAAGGCGAGAAUGGCGAAAUUAUGGGUGCUUCUUCAAAAAUCAAGCUUGCUGGCAGUAAGGAAGAUCCACGCGGACGGUACGUCGUAGCAGCGGCCGAUCUCGGCCCGGGCGAGGUAAUUCUUACCGAGCCCGCGUAUGCAGCCUGCCUGCACGCGAAGUACUAUGGGACGCACUGUAGUGCCUGCUUCUCACGCUUGAUAGCUCCGGUCGCUUGUCCCGACUGUUGCGGUGUGGCCUUCUGCUCGGUGGCCUGCCGGGACAAGGCGUGCGCCACGUACCAUCGUUUCGAGUGUCAGUAUCUCGAUCUGAUGAUCGGUUCCGGCAUGUCGAUCCUCUGCCACGUCGCCUUGCGCAUGGUCACACAAGCCGGCACCCCGGAGAGGGUGCUCGAGGAGGGCAAAAUGCUGCGGGACACGUUCUGCGCCCACACGGAACACCGCGACCCGGAGGAUCACUUCAAGCGCACGCUCAUGACCGCGUUCCUGCUGCGCUGCCUGCAGAAGGCGGAAUUUUUCGGCCGCCGCACGACGGAAGCGCCGGAACCGACGGAACAGGAGCUGGAGGUGGGCGCGGUGCUGCUGUCCGCCCUGCAAUCGCUACAGUUCAACGCGCACGAGGUGUACGAGACGCGCAUUACCGGCGAGCAUCGGUUCGACACGGCCAAGGUGCAGUACAUCGGCGUUGGCAUCUAUCGCGGUGCCUCGAUGUUCAACCACGAGUGCUAUCCGGGGGUGACGCGCACCUUCCUCGGUACCGCCAUGAUCCUGCACACCAGCCGUCCGAUACCGGCCGGUGCGGUCGUGCCGGAAAACUAUGGCCCACACUUUAUGCGCCAGCCGAAGGCGAUUCGACAGCGCAACUUACGCUCGCGCUACUGGUUCAAGUGCGAUUGUCGGGCGUGCGCCGAGGAUUGGCCGCAGAUGGACAAGCUGCCCGCCAAGCCCCGGCUGCGCUGUCCCACCGAGGGCUGUGGGAAUGCACUCGCCUACCCGAGCAAACCGUCCCAGCGAAAUGCCAAGUGCAACAAGUGCAAGCAGCAGAUCAACCUGGACGCGAACGUGAAGAUGCUCGAGGCGAGCGAUCAACUGUGCACGACCGGGGCGGAAAUGAUGGCGUCUCAACCGUUGGAGGACGAGCGGGUCGAUGAAGCGAUCGAGCUCAUGAAGAAAGGCAUCGCCCUGUUCGCUCAAGCCGCCCAUCCACCGCACAAACCGACGCUUGUCGCUGAGGAAUCGCUGCGAUCCUGCUUUGCGGACAAGGGCAACGCUAAUCGCUACUAAACGCUGUCGCCUACCAUGCCUUGCCACCGUGUGACAACGGUUACACGUACAUUAUAUUAACGGGGGAUGGAAGACCUCACAACAAUUACCACAAGACACCUGGAUGUUACCAAACGGAUCUAUUUGCAAAAAGGAAACAAAUCUUUUAAACUCUAACACUAAUGGAUGGUUUCGAACGAAUCGGUAGAAAGUAAUGCUAAUAACACACCACUUGAAGCACUUGACCACCAAACUGCCUUGCAUUAUCACUCACAUCGCGAUCGUCUCGCGAGCGGAUUAUCAGUCGGAUCGCACUAAACGGAAGGUGGCGGUGGCGGUACACUGUUGCCUGCCCCACUAUGAUUGAGAAACGGCCGGCGCAUCGUCAUCGAUCGCUGGACCCUUCGCUUCGUCGAUCAGCCCGCUUCCCGGUGGCUUUUCUGCCGGGGUGCAUUCUUCCAUCCUUCGACCUCGGAGUGAAAUGUGUAUUGCGCUACAACAACGUAGAAGAGAAAAGGUAAUUUAAAUACAUUGUAAUUCUUCCCAGCCCCAAAUUCCAACACCCAGUUGCUUACAGUGCAAUGAAGAACACGAUCAUCUGCGUGCCCAUGGUAAGCAGAAAGAUGGCCUGCGGGUACGUGUUGAUCGACGAGUUGUACACCUGCGUGUACAGUACGCCGCUAAACAGCGGCACCGCAUUGUCAAACACGGAAAGGAACGAAAAGAUGAUGCCGCGCUCGUUGGUGGGCACCAUUUUGGAAAUCAUGGACCGGAGUACGGGCGCCACCACCGGGCCCACGCUCGAGAUGGUAGCCCCGAUGUACAGCACCCAUCCGACCUGGGCAAAGAUGUACACGAACCGGGCGCUGGCGUGCGCCAGCGCGCCAAUCAUUAUGAUCAGCGUGUCCUUCAGCCCCAGCACCUUCGUGAAGAGCGGCACGCCGAGAAACAUCAUCACCACGUACGCCGCCGACUGGUACGUCUUGAAGUAGCUGUACAGAUCCGUGUCCCAGUUGAAGCGCAGCUGCGUGUACAGGUACAUCUUGGGCUUCUCGUCGCGCUGGAACGUGUAGAACGACAUGGCCACCAUCAGCAGGUACAUGUAGGUGCGCCGGUGCAUCGUCCGCCGGCGUACGAACGUGCGCACCGAGCGCACCACGUGCUGGCGGUCGAAAAAGUCCAGCGGCAUGCGGUACCACGGCAGCUCGCGGAUCGAGCACUGGCGUUCGGUGGUGCGCGAUUUCAGCCGCAGCAUCGAGUACACGAUCGAGCAGGCGAGCAGGGACGCGUUGAUGAUAAACAUGAUCGUGUACGAUUUGCCCGUAUGGUUGAAGAUCACAUUGCCGAGCGCGACACCGAUCGGCAUGGUGCUGAGGUAGGUGGCGUCCAGUAUCGUAAUGCGCAGCGUGCGCUCCUCCACCGUCGUGAUGUCGGAGAUGUACGCAAAGCAGGAGGCAAAGAUGGCAAUGUCGGCCCCGGUCAGUACGCUCGGGAUCGUGGCCGUGUAGAUGAUAUACUCGACCGGCCACGAGGGCAUGCGCGUGUUCACCACGAUCAUGACCGAGUAGACAAACUUGCCCACCAGUCCGAGGAUGAGUGGCAGCUUGCGGCCACGCCUAUCGGACCAGGCGCCGAGAAACAGGGCCAGCACGAUCGGCACCACGUACAUGGCGAUGUUGUUCCACUGAUGAAAAGUUGAGGUCGUCACCUGGACCUGCUUUUUGAUAUCCUGGUACUGCUCGAUGUUGAGGCAAAUCUCGUGCGAAUAGCCAUGAUCGACGGUGCACGCUUUGUACAGGAAGAACGCCUGCUCCACCACCGACGUUAGCAUAAACGCCAUCAUGUAUAGGAACAUCGACGGUUCGACGGAAAUUUUCUCGUACCAUCGUUCCGCCCGUACGCUGGCCGUUGCCAUAGCACCAGCUACAUUACUGCUGCCUGCAUCGCCAUCUUCCUGCGCUCCGGGUUGGCUGUGCUCGCCCGAGCCAUCCGGCUAGAAUUGUGCAACAAAUAAUCAACUUUAAACACAUUGAAGCUACCACAAACGGGCGCGAGCUGUAAUCGCUCCACGAAAGGAAAGAAUUGUUUUGCUUACCUUCGCAGUUUCAGCAGACAUUGUCAUCGUUGGCAAAGCGCUAACGCCGUCAUAGGAAACGCUUCCAGUGACCGACCUGAUCGACGGUUCGCUGACGACUGCUCUUCACACCAACGCCGUUCAUACCCUUCUGGGUUACAGUGCGCGAGGGAUCGUAGACAUCUCUCACGCUGAUUGUAUUACACGCGACGGUUUUUAUCAAGCAACAGUUUGAAAGGGAAUCUACUAUCAGGCGGGAUGAGCUUCCCUUUCUACUCGGGCCAGCCCUCCUGCAGCCAGCGUAGUUGCAAUGCCCAGAUAAUGCUAUCUCGUCGCCAGUGAUGCUGCGUAGUGUCGGGGAGCAGUCGGAUGAAGAAGAUUCUACAGCCUCUCUAAUUGAAGCUGUUAGCAGCACACCGACCGUGCACGGCCGUUCAUUCAAUUUCGCACUCUGCUGACGAACGUUUAUUGGUGUGUGGUCGAUGUUCGAUAGUUCUUGGCUGUGUUGCACUGGCGAUUGUGUGUGUAUGUGUGUCUGUGUCGCCAGCGAAAAAGAUUGAUUAGCUGAUAAAAGUUGGGAGAAAAAGGGGGAAACUGAAAAUGAAAUGACUUUGGCUUGUUAUGUUUAACAUGGUGAAAUCUAUUUUGAAUGGCUUUUGAUUUUGCUAUUUGUUUUGCUUUGCUCAAAUGUGGUUAGAGGUUGGUGUAAAUAGUUUCUAUAUAGAGGCGAAAAAUUACGCAGUUUCGAAUUGGUAUCCGUAAUCAGCUAAUUAAAUUCAAUCAUACAACAAGGCCCCAAACAGCUACCCAAGUGACAUUUUCGAGCAGAUUGUUAGCGUUUUUCGAGUUGCUGGAAGCUUAAAGAGCCGGCUUAAAACUGGCUUAAAGAGCAAGCGACCCAGGUGACAACUGUUCUACAUUUUUAGCUUAAACUACUUGUGAACAGCUCGAUUUAACCCAUUGCCUCAUAUAAACGUUUGAAAACAUGGGUGUGUGAGUGAACAACACACGAAGUUUAUGUCAGAACUUCGGUAGAAGCCGGGCAAACAGGAAGCUUGCAGUUUCGUCCUCGGUGUACAACAAUCAAAACACUGAGUAAGAAGAAAUAAACGAUCUAUCCAGGAGUAUCAGAAUAGCAGGGAAGCGCAUUGACCAACAAAAAAAGUGAAAGAGUGUUUUACAAUAUACUUUUUGUUUCAUACGGAUUGAAAA